AAACAUUUAAGAUCAUGAAGGGCCUCAGUGCCAUCGUGCCCUCUGAUUUAUUUGAGCUGGCUGAUUCUGAACGCUUGCGUGGACAUCGCUUGAAGCUCAAACAGCAGAGGGCUAGACUGAACGUCAGGGCUAAGUUCUUCUCGAAUCGUGUAGUGCGCAACUGGAAUAAGUUGCCUUCGGAACUAAUGGAUUGUGAGACUGUGGUUGCCUUCAAAGCAGGCCUAGACAGGUGCUGGCCGCGUAUUUUUCCGGAAUUAAUAUAAUCCUAUCCAAUUUAUUCGCAUUGAUAUCCGAUGUUGAUCCUUGUAAAAGCAAAGAUUGCUCUCGCUUUUGCUUCAUUUCUUUUUGCAGAGGCAAGGAGAGGCGAUCAAAAGUCGAAGUGCCGGGGGCUCUGGUUCGCUUACCGGUACAAGAAGCUGGACGCUCGUUAGGCGGAAGCCUGUAUCGUCCACGGAUUUUGACCUGACCUGCU